AUGGAGGCGUUCGACUUCAUUGUCAUCGGGGCUGGGCUGUCCGGUAUUGAUGCGGCGUAUCGCCUUAAAACCCAGAUGCCACAAUGCUCGUUCACGAUCCUGGAAGCAAGGGAUAAAAUUGGCGGAACAUGGUCGUUUUUCAAGUUCCCAGGGUUGCGUUCCGACUCCAUGCUUACGAACUUUGGCUUCCCAUGGCGGCCCUGGCUACAGAAGAGGGAUAUGGCUAAUGCCGCGCUGAUUCUUGAGUACAUUGAAUCAGCGGCGAAGGACGAGCGUAUUGACACCAAAAUUCAAUUCAACCAUUCGGUAAAGGGGGCAAACUGGUCGUCGCAGGACCAACUAUGGACCCUUCGAGUCGAGCACAACGGCCACGAAAAACUCUUGCGCACAUCAUUCGUUAUCAAUUGUUCCGGCUACUAUGAUUACAAAAAGCCAUUGCAAACUUCGAUUCCGGGGAUCGAAAAUUUCGGGGGAGCGGUUGCACACCCCCAGUUCUGGCCAGACAACCUAGACUACACUGGAAAGAAGGUAGUCAUCGUUGGAUCAGGGGCAACUGCCGUCACGAUGCUCCCUGUUCUGGCCGAGACUGCUGCCCAUGUUACCAUGCUCCAGCGAAGCCCUUCCUAUGUAUUCAGCAUACCUUCAGUGAGCAAGACUGGCAAUCUGAUCAAAGAAUACUUGCCAGGAUGGCUUGCUCACCCUAUCAACUGGUGGCGCUGCUUUCUCAGCGAACAGUUAUUUGUCAACUUCAAUCUCUAUUUCCCAACUGCGGCCCGCAAACUCCAUAUGGGGUUGAUGAAGAAGCAACUACCGGAACAUGUCCCAGUCGACGUCCACUUCAAUCCACGCUAUGACCCUAUGGAUCAACGUCUUUGCCUGUGCCCGGAUGGCGAUUUCUUCAAAGCACUGCAUCAGAAGAACUGUCACAUCGUCACAGAUACGAUUGACACAGUCUUGACAGAUGGUAUCUUGACCACAUCUGGCCAAAAGCUGGAUGCAGAUAUUAUCGUGACGGCCACUGGACUACACGUGGCGCUUCUGAGCGGCAUAAUUCCUACCGUCGAUGACAAGCCAAUUGACAUUGGCAAUUCAUAUGCUUGGAGAGGUACAAUGCUCACCGGGCUUCCGAAUAUGGGGUCGAUCACUGGCUACACGACUGCCUCCUGGACUUUAGGGGCGGACGCAAGCAUCAAACUACUCAUCUCUGUCUAUAAGUACAUGAAAAAGAUAGGCGCAACCUCAGCGGUUCCUGUUUUCGACGGCGAUGGGUCGACCGUGUCGAAGCCUGUCGUGGGGCACAGCUCAACUUAUUUUAUAGAUGCGAGAAGUAGGUUGCCGAGGAUUACGGACUCAUCCCCGUGGUACGGCAGGAUAAGUCCCGUUUAUGACACAUGGCAGUUGUGGUUCGGUAGCCUAACAAAGGGCAUGCGGUAUACGGUUCCGUCCAAAAAGGACAUUUAG